AUAAACAGUGUAUUUAUAUGGCUGUCCUCACCAGUUUAUAAACAGACGGAGAGAAUAACACAAUACAAUCAUGCGUUUUGUUGUAGCUGUAGUCGUUUUGGUCAUUACUGCAACCAUCUUGUUGACAUCGUGCGAAGUUGAAUCAGCAGGUCCCGAUAGCGAUCCAGUUCCAGCUAUUUGUCAAUUACCAAAAAUAAAAGGUCCGUGUCGAGCGCUUUUUCGUCGCUAUUAUUAUAACUCGACAACCAAUAAUUGUACUCAGUUUGUCUACGGUGGUUGUGGUGGGAACGAGAACAACUUCCCGACCGAAGAUAAAUGUCAACAGACUUGUCAGGUUCCAGCUAUUUGUCAAUUACCAAAAAUAAAAGGUCCGUGUCGAGCGCUUUUUCGUCCCUAUUAUUAUAACUCGACAACCAAUAAUUGUACUCAGUUUGUCUACGGUGGUUGUGGUGGGAACGAGAACAACUUCCCGACCGAAGAUAAAUGUCAACAGACUUGUCAGGUUCCAAGUCCAGUUCCAGCUAUUUGUCAAUUACCAAAAAUAAAAGGUCCGUGUCGAGCGCGUUUUCGUCGCUAUUAUUAUAACUCGACAACCAAUAAUUGUACUGAGUUUGUCUACGGUGGUUGUGGUGGAAACGAGAACAACUUCCCGACCGAAGAUAAAUGUCAACAAGCUUGUCAAGGAUAAAAAUAACAGCAUCCAGUCAAGCCACUGACAAUACUGACAGCAUCCAGCCAACCCACUGACGGAAUAAAAGUGUUAGAAAUGUUUUAACACGAGAUAUCUAUGUUUA